CUCGAAAACUUUGCUGCAGAUCCCAAAGGCAUUGUCACUGACAUCCUGUCCACACCAGGGUGCCCCCCAUUUCCACCCAGUGAAUGGCUUAAUAUUGUGCAGUGGAAAUAUGUCGACCUCGGGAAAGUCCUUGACUCUGCACACACCACUGAACUUGACCCUAAGAAGACACACAUCAUUGAUGAUGAAAUUGAACUUGCACUCUGGGUCUCUAAGUCCUCAGGAGGAAUUAAGACCUCAUCAGAUCACAAUAUCAUGUUCUCCAUGUAUAUUGAGGCCAUUGCCUUUGUCUUCCCACAGUGGUGA